GCUAUCCACCGGCACCAAAACCAUCGAACGACCCAAAAACUUGAGCCAAAACCCCAAUUCCGAUGACUCCGAUGGCGUCCGGUGAGGCCUCCGCGCCGCUGGCGGAUCGAAUUCGGGUGGUCGGCGCGUGGGCCGGCGCCCUGGAGGUGGACCUGGGCGCCUGGACGGUGCCGAUUCUGCGGGCCGAGGUGGCGCGGUGGGCGGGGGACGUGGAGCCCGACCGCGUCAGCCUCAUCUUCGGCGGCCGCGUGCUCAAGGACGAUCCCCCCGCGUCGCUGCAGCAGGCCGGACUCAAGGACAACGCCAAGGUGCUCUCCACCGUCACCUCCCCCGAUCGCGGCAAGGAAAUCGCCGCCGCGGCUGCCGCGGCGAAGGCCGAGGAGGAGCACGCCAGUAGGCUUGUCAGGCUCUGGGAUGCUGCAAAAGCUUUUUCUCAAAGGCAUACGGAUGGCACCUUCCUUGAAGAAGAAGACUACAACUUGGAUCUUGAGGAUCAAAGUGGCCAGAAAGUGAUGUUUGGAUCUGUAGAUGAUAUGAAGGCUUUGAAGAUGGCUCUAAUGCUUCAUCAAAAAUCCAAAACUCUUAUGAAGAAGGAAAUGUAUAAGGAAGCACUAGAUGUGUUAGUAAUGGCUGAGGAAGCUUUCUCCCUUUGUGAUGCAAAACUUAUUGAGAGGGUUGAUAAUGUGCCAAUGCUUCAACUGGAUAUAGUCUGGUGCUAUUUUGCGCUUCGUGAUGUAUCACGCUUAGAAGUCGCAGGGACUCGCCUCGAAAAAGCACGGUUAGGAUUUGAACGUUCCCAUGGUAAAGAUUGCACUCGCUUCAGAUUACUCCAGGCUGGCCGUCAAGCAGAUCUUGCUAUUUAUGUAAGGCUGGAGCUUUUGGAAGGAGUGGUUGCAUAUCAUAAUGGUAAUACUGAAAAGGCGCGUGGAUCUCUCAGUUCUGCGCAAGCUAAAUACCUGCAGCUUCAAGUACCAGAUGAAGCUAUAUCAAUCUUAAUGGACAUGGGCUAUGAAGCACCAGCUGCAAAAAGAGCACUAAAGAUGACUGGCUAUGAUAUUCAAUCAUCUGUUGAUCUCUUAUGUGAAGAGCGUGCCAAGAAAGUUCGUAGAAGAGAGGAGGAUAGGGAGACACAAAGAAACAUCAUGGAACAAAAGAAAUAUGGUAAAACACCCAUGAACAAGGCAGUUGACAUGCAGAAGCUGAAAGGCUUGACUACUAUUGGGUUUGAGAAGUAUCUUGCUGCAGAAGCACUCCGCAUAAAUGAAAAUGAUGCUGAAAAAGCCUUAGAUCUUUUGACAAAUCCCGAGCAAAACUGCAUCCUGCAAAGGAAAAUUGAGGCAAGGAGGAACCGGCAGUCAUUUCGUGGGUUGGGUGCAGGAUCAUCGAGCUCCAGGGCAGCUGCUGCCAUGACUGCUCCAACAAUCAACAAUUCACAGGCUUCCGUUAACUCUCCUCCACAUGCUGCGGCUGGACAUGCUCCACCACAUGCCGCAGAUGGGAACCCUCCAGAGGAAAAUGAUGCGCAGUUUGUGAACAAUGAAGAGGCCGUGAACAAUGAUGAAGAAGCAAACUCUCAUCCAGUUUCAGUCAGAGACGUGUCGAUGGAAAAUGAGCUUGCCCAUGAACUGACGGGGGAUGCCUUAGAUGACUAUGAUAUUGACGUCAGUAACGAAGGACAGGCUAUAGCAGAGUACAUGAGCUUAUUGGAGUCUGCUGCUCGUUCUUGAUGUGCAAAGAUAUACUCUACUAGAUAGGUCUCUCAAGGGUCAGAAGGAAAAUACGGCUAGUCUCAGAUUGAGAGUUUGACUUAGUAGGGUAGAUUUGUACAUAAUGCUACCCUUAUGAAUUAUGAUGCUUGGAAAUAUAAUACUUUUGUGUGGAA